UUAUCGGGAAACAAAAGCCGUUCGCACUUGAUUCUAAAAUCAAAUCGUUUCAAAAUGGCCGUUGGAAGGAUAUUGUUGAUGUUGGCAGUUUUGGUGAUGUUGGGAAUAUCACAUAGCCAAAUAAUCGGCGGUUUCGGCGGCUACGGCGGUGGCAUCGGCAUCAUCGGCUUCGGUCGGCGUUAUGGCUACGGCUAUGGCUAUCCUGGCUACGGAGGCUAUAGAGGUUACGGAGGCUAUAGGGGUUUCUACCCCCCUCCACCACCACCACCACCGUUCUUUGGAUGAGCGAUGAUAGUGCAGAAUUAAACUACACAGUGUUUAUUUAAGGGAAAAGGCGACGCUUUUCCAUACAAACGUAGACCCCAUUUUCCUUUCUGGAUAUUAACAUUAUGAAAAAUAUUUUUACAUAAUUUGAUGUAUAUCAACUAUAGCUAUGCCCUUACGUUUGACUUUUUUCGAGAUUUUUGAUUAUUGUAAAAAUUAGGAGCGAAAUACAGAUUUUCAUAAAAAAAAUUCAAUUCUUCUAACUCUGAUAAUAAUUAAAAAUUCGAACAAAAUUAAACGUAGAAACAUAGCUGUGGUUGAUAUACAACAAAUUGUGACAAAAUAUUUUCAAUAAUGUUAAUAUUCAGAGGAAAAUGAGGAUUAAGUUUGUAUGAAAAGGCGAUUUCCACAAGUUCUCCAUUCGUUCAUUCUAAUCGCGGGUCCACAUUCGUAUUAAGUACGAGUAUUAUGCCUAGGCUACAAAACUUUGCUGAUGCUUGUAGCGUCAAAGCGUCGAGCGUCGGUCGAGCACCAUCCAUUUAAAAUACGUAUUGACGCUGCUAGCGUAACUGUUGACCAAAAGCGCUUGGAACUUUUUUCGUGACCCGUUAGUAAAUAUGAUUAGAAUAUUUGCGAUGUUGUUAUUAUUCUAACCUAAUCGACUAUUUUAGUUAAUCAAAGGCAGAAUUGAAAAUGAUAUACUAGUAAGUAAGUAGUAAAUGAUAUAUGAACAUGACCACGUUAUACCGUUUGCAUCUACUCGUAUCGUUUCAAAACAUUUAUAACAUUAUCGAUUAUCGUUUACGAUUGACGAUAGUCAUCUUGGUUAGGCCUGUUUGCGUAGCCCACAUGCUUAUUGUUUACGCUCCGUAGCGGACGAAACACAACUAUCACUGUCGUACUAAUAAGAAAUAAAUAGUGAUAGGAAGAGAUGACUACACUACAUCACGGAGUGUUAACGAUUGGGAUGUUGGCUAAGCACUCUAGUUAGGGACGAAACGUUAGUUUUUAUGUAUAAUUGUACCAGUGAAGUAUUUUGAGAUAAAUAAGCUUAUUUUGUUUUUAUAAAUGUACCUAAUUGUAUUAUUGUACCAUGAGGAGAUUCAAUUAUAGAGUCGCCAAAACUAUUAUCUUGGCACGUCUGCAUAUAAAUGUGUAUUCAUAUUUCAAGUAUUGUUAAGUAGUUAAAAUAAGAAUUGUUUAUAGGUAAUAAAUUAUUUAAAAGAUA